AUGAGGCAUAGCAUCUGGUUCUUCGUUGUCGCCAUUCUUUCGCUUGCGCAGGCUGCCGUUUUCGCGCGUCCUCACACCGAGGCGGCCCUCGCUAAGCGUCAGAAUGGCCUCUUUGAUUUCCUAAACAACCUUAAUGGUAACAAUAGGAACAAUAACAACGAUGACGAUGACGAUGAAGACGACGACAACGACACGAACAACAAUGUUGGCAACGGAAACAAUGGCAACGGCUUCUUCGACAUUGGCAACUUGUUCAACUUGGGCGGCAACAACAGGAACAACAACAACAACAACAACAACAACAAUGACGACGAUGAGGAUGACAGCGAAGACGACAACGACAACAACAACCGUGGUGGGAAUCGAGGAAACAACAACGCCGUCACUGAAACCGAGACCCGGACGGAGACGGAAACUAUCACUGAACGCGAAACUGAGACUGUCACCGCCGCUGCGGAGACUGUCACGGAGUCCGUCACUGACGUCUCGACCUUGACCCUCACGAUGAUGAUGACCGUCACCGAACUACCUGCACAGACUGGAGACGUUGACCCCGUCAACGGCGCCGCCUCGACCGACUCCUCGGCUUCUGUCACCGAUUCGUCUAGCUCCAGCGGCAGCGACGCUGCCAUCCAGACCCCCGCCGCCGACCUAGGAAACGCUGUCGACAAUGGCAACCAAGGUGGCGCCAAUACCCCCGUCAUCAUUUCGACCGGCAUUGGUAUCGUCCUCGUCUCGCUUCCCGAUACUAGGGGCCCAACGACGACCCUCCCCGCACGAGCAGCCCUGCUCCCACUCCCGCCGCGCCUCCUGCUGCCGCCAACCCCAUCGCCGCCGACCCCGCAGCUUCCGCUGCCCCCGUUGCUUCGGCCCCGGCUCGCUCCCGUGGCUGCGCCGCCAGCUGCUGCUCCUUCGGCCGCACCUGCGCCUGUUACCCCCGCUAUUCCUGCUCCCCAGAAUAACGUGGACCUCGGCGGCCUGAACGGAGGCCAGAACCCCGUCGCACCCGCCGCGCCCGCCGCUGACCCUGCCGCUCCUGCGGAUGCUGCCCCCGUUGCGGCUCCCGCCCAGCUCGAUCUCAGUGGCCUGAAUCUCAACAGCGUUGUGGACCUCGGCAGUCUUGCUCGACGACAGGCUGCUGCUCAGGCCGCUUAUUAA